AUGGCUGAAGCCAUCGACGGCUUGACGCAGGGGCAAACUUUAGCUCCUUGGUAUAUGUUGGUGGUCACGGGUGUAGCCCAAGCCGAAAAGGCCGUUGCCAGGCAUGUAUGCCGAGGCACCUUACAGAAUCUGGACGCUCCCAUCCGGACAAAGAUGAAAGAAAGCUGGAUGGGGCAAGAAAAGCAGCACUGGCAAGAUGGCGAUGGUACUAAAUCAUCACCGGCUAUUUCCAUAGUGGCAAGUCUAGCAGGGUUGUCGUUCCACUUGAGCUUCGGCCAGUUUGCGGAGAGCCACGGGCGGGAAGACGGGAAUCAUGGCGGGGCCCCGGAUUUUUCGCCCUUUUCCCCUCGCGUUAGCACUUCAGCACACUUCCCCAGUUUCAUUGGUCAAUGGUUGGUUCAUUAG